ACCUUGCCAGAUUUAGCGAGAAUUCCAAAAAAAUAUAGUCAUUAUGCGUCAUGCGGGCCAAUAAAAGUGGAUUGAAAACUAGUUUUUCACGCGGGCGCGAAAAUUUUCUGCAUACGCAAUUUUAGUAUUUGCAAUUUUUCGCAAGUAUAAAAGGACUGGCAACCAUCACCAUUCGUCAGUCCUCCCAUUAAACCCUAAACAAUGGCAACAUUCGGAACUGCAGCAACAAUUUUGCUCCUGGCGCUCAGUAGCAUUGCUUCUGCAACCAAUUUCAAGGAAUGCAGAUCUUUUUUUAACUACAAGGUGGGAACUCCUCCUUUGAAUGUCACUCUGGGUAACUGCGAAAAAUACCCCUGUGACCUUGUCAGGGGCAUGAACGUCUCUGGUGGUAUGGACUUCGUGUAUGGUAAGGAAUUGAGCGUGCUGAGACCCGUGAUCACUGUCUACGUAGCUGGUCUUCCGAUCAACUGGCCCAUGAAUCAGGAGGAUGGAUGCACGAGUCUUAGCCAUAACAAGUGUCCCGUCAAGGCGGGCACCAGGGCAAGGUACGAGUACUCGCUCUACCUUGGCCCUCGAACCCCUUUGGUUCAACCUUUGAUGCGGUUCGAAUUCAGGAAUGCGCGCGGGGAUACCACAAUUUGCGCUGAGAUGCCAAUCAGAAUCCUUCCCAAUCCUGAUGAAAAAAACCUGAGGGCAAAACUUGUUGAAGAUUUUGACAGUGAGGGCUGGAGAGAACCAAGCCACGAUGCAGUCAAUCAAAUCAUUGUAAACUAAAACUAAAUAAAUGACUAGAAUUAUCUAAAAAUGGA